CAUUACAGUGGCUGCUUUUUCUCUUGUUGCCUGACGUUUUCCCAGCUGAAGGAUGCUAGCACAAAGAUGGUUAGGAGAACUGUUGCUAGGGGGGUUGCUACUUGCAUCUGCCUGGGUUACCACCAUUGCAUAUCCUGAGCUUUGCCAACCAGAUGCACAGAAUGCUUUCAAAGUACGGCUUAGUAUCAAAACAGCUCUAAAAGAAAAUGCAUAUAGCUGGGAUGCUACUGAAGAAUAUCUAUUUAAAGCAAUGUUAGCUUUUGCUGUAAGAAGAUAUUUGAAUCAAGAAACAACCCAAAUUUCCAAUGUAUUGCUGUGCAAUGUUACCAGCCGGGUAUCAUUUUGGUUUGUAGUCACAGAUUCAUCCACAAAUAUAACAACUAUUCCCAGAAGUGAUGUGGAAGCAGCCAUAAGAAUGAAUAGAAACCGGAUCAACAAUGCCUUUUUAUUAACUGAUGACACACUGCAGUUCUUGGAAAUCCCAUCAACUUUAGCUCCACCAGUUGAGCAACCUCUGCCCACCUGGCUGAUCAUAUUUGGAAUUAUUCUUGGCAUUACUGUGAUUGGAAUAAUUUUAGUUGUAUCUUCUGGGAUUUAUCACCGCAAGAGACAUAAUACAAAUCCUGAAGAAACAGAAGAUUUAGAUGAUAAAUGUGAAGCAGCCAUAACAAUGGAAAAUAGAAUUCCCUGUCAUAUUUUAGAUUUAAAAGCUGGACAGAUUAAUGGAGUCUAUGCAGCAGCAGAUGACGAACGGUUUACACCCUUCUGAACAUAAAUGGAUGCUGUUUCUCAGUCUCUUUCUGAAACUCUGCCCUCCUUUUAUCUGGCUGUUACUGCUGAUUAUCAAUAACAAUAAAAUUAUGUACUUUGC